UUAACAAAAUAUUUCUUAACACAACAACAAAAAUUUCACUUUUUACAAAUAUCACGAGUUUAUUUAGUAUUGUUGUGUCUGCUAAAUAUAUUUGAAAAUGUAUCAAAAAUAUAAACUUACUUUCGAAUGUCUAAACAUUUUUUUGUAGCAAAUAUAACUUAAUAAAAGUUUAAAAUUGUAAUCAAGACUAGCUUAAAGACAAGCGUAAAGACUAAAAUGAUAGCCUAUAGAUUGUUUUUACUAACUCUAUUUCUUGUGGUUUUACUAUAUUCUGGAUAUGGUCUGCUUGCUGCUUUAUUUGUUUUUUUUAUUACAACAGUUACGACAUAUAUCUGUUAUUCACUUAAAACACAAUUAAAAGUUGAGCGAUUAGUCAACUUCAUUUUAAAAUUUGGAAUAUCAUUGCCGAGAUCAAAUGAAGAACGAAAACAUCCAAAGUUUGAUAAGAUUAAAUCUUUUCCUAAACCUAUAGCUGAUAUUCUUCAAAAAAUAAUCAAUUCCAUUAUAAACAGCUUUGUAAAAACAUGGUAUUCCUACAUAGGCCCUGGUGAAGAAGACUUUAUUAAAGAAGUUGAGUUUAUUUUAGAAAAUGUUAUUUUAGAAGUUUAUAAUCAACUAGAACAUGUUGAUUUAAAGAAUUUAACAGCUGUUUUGAUUAGAAUGUUUCAAAGACACAUACAUUUGUUUGAUGAAUGUCGAAGUAUUAUAAAUAAAAAAUAUCCUGGUAUUAACAAACAGGACUUUACUGUUUGUAUUACAGAGCUUUAUGAAGCUGCUGUCAAUAAACAUAUUGCAACAUUAAAUAAAAGCGCUGAAAUUGAUUAUAUUAGAACUUUGCUUGAUAUUAUAUUGUAUAAGUUUGCUCCUAAAGAUGCUUUUUUAUGCGAAAGUGGGCGGUUUAUGUUGAGAGAAGUUUUAGCUAUUCAACUAGUUGAACCUCUUAUUCAAGAAUUCAUUGACCCACACGUUUUAAAUGAGGUAGUAAAUGUUAUACUUGAGCCAUCUUUACCUCUCUCUGUAAUUCAACAAAGAUGGAAUGAAGCAUUUUUAAAAGUUGAGAAGGACACAAGUUUAUGUCAUGAAAUAGAGUAUAAUAAAAAAAAAGAGACUGACAAUGAAAGUAUUAGCGAAGGAGCACCUUUGUUAGAAACAAGUGAAGAACAUUUAACUCCCGUCUAUUCAGCAUUAGAACAUGAAGAUGAUGAUUUAUCUGGCAGUAAUAUUAUUCGGUUUAACAAGUUCGAUGAAAGAUCUUCUGCACCAGUUUACGGUUCAAAAUCAGUAAGAGACCAUGAAAAGAAAAUAUUAAAUAAAUACACUGACAGCUCUUCAUCUCUGCGUGAUGACCUAGAUAUACAAUCAUUAGUUAGUCUUGAUCCUAUUGCAUCUUCUUGGGGAGUUUGUCCUACUUCUAGUUCUGAAGUUUUCCUUGGAAAAAGUUUUUUAGAUAUGCCUAGAAAUCAAGAUGAUAUAUCUGAGCAAGUAAAAUCUAAGUUAAGAUCAUUAAGUGAAAUUGUUGUUUCUCCUUCUCUUUUUUGCUUGGAUAGAAAUAGCUACUCCAAGCAUUCUAAUACAAAGCAUAAAAAAAAGCGCAAAACAAAACCACAACAAAACAAAGGCACAAGUUUUUCAAGUGUUCCAGAAAAAGUAGCUCCUGAAAACAGGCCUUCUUUGUCAGAAAUUUAUCAAUUUCAACAAUUUGAAUCUCAUAAAAGUGGAGAAGAGGGUGUUUUUUAUGAUGUGGCACCAUCUUGUCCUACUUGCAUGGAAAUGUCAUUUUUUGCUAGCCCAUUUCAAAACAAAUCAAAUGGUUUUUUUUUUAAUGUUGACAAGAAAAUCAAAGGUAAUGAGCAUGAUUGUGGUUUGAAAACUCAGCAUUUUUUUUACCCAGCAUUAGUUGAGAAGAAAAAAAUUACUUUAGAUUCAAUAGACAAUGACUCAUUUGUUUCAUGUAGCAAUUACCAAGAUGAGGAACAAGAAUCAUCAAAAGAAAGUGAAAUAAAGAAUGUUUCAAUUUCUAUGCAAGGUUUUGAUGUUGUUUCUUCUCUAUCAGAUACUAAUAGCUCCUCUGAUUCAACUGGCAGCUCUUCUGAAACAACACAAAGCAUUAAAAAAAAUGCAAACUUUUUUGAUCAACUUGAGAAAAAUGAUGAUCAAGUCCUGGCUCAUAGUGCUCGAUCAGUUUCUGCAUCUUCUUUUCGAAGUGUUUAUGAAAAUAGUUUAUCUAUAAAUCAUGAAAAAAUAAAAGGUAGAAAAAGUUUCAAAAAGAAAACCAAAAGUGUUGUUUUUAGGCUUUUUAAAAAAGAUUUAAUACAAAAUUCCAAGCAUAACAAUAUUAAAAAAUUUCAUUUGUCAAAUGAUUCAAAAGUGUCAAAUGAUGUUAUUUCAAAAGAUAAAGUAGAAAAUAAAGAAGCAACUCAUAUACCAAAAAUAUAUAAAAAUUUAAAAACCAAAAAAAAAAAUGAUAUUGAUAAUCAAAGGUUUGAAUCUUCUUCUGUAUCUACUACUCGAACCAAGUUUCACAGUAUACCUGAAAAUGAAUCUGAUAAAAUUGAAAUUGAGCGUGACAGUUUCAUGGGCAAUUUUGUUGAGGAAAUAGCACAUGAAAUAAAUGAAGAUGAUAUAUUUUUUGAAGAGGAUGCAAACUCCCAACAUUAUUUACCAUGUCCUGAAAACGUUGACCCAUUAUCUAAGGUGAUAACUGUUACAGAAAAAGGGUAUGAUGUUUUAUCAAUUAAAUCAGCAAGAUCUGCAAAAUCUAAUGAAUCCAAAGUUUCUAGUGAAAAAUCAAGCGAGAAGUUAGUAACAAAUUCUAAAGAACGUAUGAUGAAAAAAGAAACCUACAUUCCUAUAUUUGAAGGACAAGUGAUUAUGCCUCACCCAAGUAAACUACCAGCUGCAUGGCUUUAUCCUAUUCAAAUGAUUUCUAUUCCUUCGACAGAAAUUGCAUUUGAGAAAGGGUGGGAGCCUGGUAUAAAUAAAUACACUCUAUAUAAUAUUCAUUAUGAUAUACGAAUUUGGCCAGAUUUGUAUCAAAAACAUUUAAAUCAUCAAGCUACAGAUCUUCAUAUUGGUGAUAAUGCAAUGCCAUUAAUUAGAGAAAUAAAAAGGAGAUACAGAGAGUUUUUAUAUCUUCAUAAUCGCUUGACUCAUGGGCCAAUGGCUAAACAUAUGAAAGGUAUUUUACGACCAAAUAGAAGAUAUGCCAUGCCAUUUGGUCGAAUGGAUCCAGAUGUUAUUGAAGGAAGGAGAAAAAUCCUUGAAUCGUAUUUAGUGAGUUUAGUUUCACGACCAGAGAUGUGUAACAGUAGAGAAUUUAAAGACUUCUUAGGAUCUGAAGAUCAUGAUGAAGUUUCUGUUUUAAAAACUAAAGUUUUUAAAAAACAGCUUUACCAAUCGCAACUAAACAAAGUAACUUCCAUCAAACCAGAUGAACAUAAUUUAGAAGUCCACAAAGCUGAGAAGAUGGGUAUGAAAGAGUCUCCAUAUUUUAUUCAUGGCUAUGAUGUGCCUAGAAUGUUUGGCUAUGCAGAUGAAGAUGACCUUAACAAGCAUUCCUAUUUCUACUUGAAGCAUUUUAUUAUCAAUUAUAAAUUUAUUCAAAAUCAAAAAUCCAUACAACCUUUGCGUAAAUUGCAGAAAAUGUCGAAUGUAGGAGCUCUUUCUUCUUUCCAAAAGCCACAUUUUAUAAUUGGCACUGAUGAACCUGAUAAGGUAAAGAAGCCUACUGAGUCCCAACUUGGAAGAAGAACAUCAGCAGAUGGGUCUGAAAAUCCUCAGGUAGGAUGCUAUGAAUGUGUUUUACGUGAUCCUGUAGCCAAGUUACCAAAUGGAAAAUCUUUUUUUGAUACAAACAUACAUUCUAUUCACAUUGCUGCAAAGUUUUCUGAGCAACUGGCUGCUGAUUUGCAUGAAGGUAAUUUAGCCCGUGCUAUUGCUCGUGACAAAGAUCUGUUUGAAAGCUCGUGGCCACUAACAAAUGCCCUUCUCUCUAUUCUAUGCCAGUUUCUUAAAAAGUAUCCAUCGUUUUUGACAUUUGAGAGAGUGCAGCAGUCAGUUUUAUUUAGUGUUGGAGGUGUCAUUGAAUGGUUUCUUGGGCGUCAGUUAGAUGAAGUUAUAAUCAAAGAACGAUGUUAUAAGUAUCUGUGUGAUCUAUAUAAUUUGAUUUGGGAUGAGGAAGGAAUUUUACUUGAAAGAAAACCAGAUCCAACACUUCAACAGCGUGAAGAAACUAGAAUUAAACUUUUAAACAGUCUAAUUGACAUAAUACCAUCUUUUUUAUCAUUCACCGUUGGAAAAAAUAACAUCGAAAAGUGUUGUGAAGAUUUGCUUCAAACAAUACAGUAUCCAAAAAUUAACAAACAUAUCAUUUACUCUGGAAUUGAGCUAAUCUUGAUGGAACUUAUACCCGAGUUGCGCCAUAAUUUUAUAAAUUAUGUGUCCACGGCAACAUCAGGAAGAUAAAUAGAACAGUUUUUCUUUUCUUUUUUUUUUUUUUUCAAAUUACUUCAUGAGUACUUUUUUAUUUAUU